AUGGAAAAUUCAGAUUCUGACGAAGAAGAUGGAUCCGUGGCCCGGAGCAGAAGUCAGAUGGACCGAUUGGUCCGGGAAGAAAACUUCUAUGAAUUUGUAAAUAACCUGAGUGAAGAAGAUUACAAGCUUAUGAGGGAUAACGAUUUAUUAGGCAUCCCUGGUGAAAGUACACUAGAAGAGUUGUUGAAGAGACUUCAACAAAUUAAAGAAAACCCACCGGAAAACUCGGAGGAAAAUACAGGUGGAGGAGAGUCUUUCGAUAGUAGUGGUGAGUAUCUAUUAGACUGGCUGAACACUUUUGGACAAACUGAAUAUGUGACAAGUGGGCAAAGAGAAAACCAAUCUUGGGAAGAAAUAAUCCAGAUUAAUUCAGACAGUAAUGACUCCACAUUCAGUUUAGAAGUAAAUUCUAACCCUAAUAAUGGGAGCCCAAAUCCAGAGAAUGAAUAUGUAGCAUCUACAAGAUCUCCCAGAACAUACAACAUGGAAAACAGCCAAAGUCAAGCAGAAAACACACAAUCUGAAUCAACAUUUAUAAGAUCACCUGGAUCAGAACAAAGUACAACUGAAGCAUUAAUACAAGUCCCAGUUACCAGAGGUCGGCGAAGAGAAAGAAGCAGUAGCCCUGACCAUCGGAGAACCAGAGCAAGAACUGAAAGUAGUCCGGCACCAAACAGAAUGAGUGAACUUUUACGAAGACUUCAUUAUAGUAUAACAUCUCCAACUUUUGAGCAGCCUCUGGUAAAUGAGACUGAGAGAUUUUCUAGGAUUCAGCACCAAGAAACAUCAAGACAGCAAAUAACUGGACCUGAGCUGCAAAAUAGCGGUCUUGCUGCAACUUCUGGAUCAAGCAGUGCACUUCAAGAAGAAAAUUCUCCAGGCACAACCAAUGAUGGUGAAUCUCAGGGACUGGGACAGAUAAAUCCAACCAUACAGUUCAAUUGUGAAGUAGGACAAGUUCAUCCUAGGGCAGACUCUCAAAGAGACAGCACAGUUACCAGAAUUCAGUUAACAUCUGAGACGCCAAACAACGCUCUCACUUUAGAAAGUGAACAAGGAGGACGCAGGGAUAUGUUUCCACAUUCUGAGCAGGCAGAUGCAAGAGCUUAUGUCAGGAACGCCAGAAUUCCUUCUCUUCAUAUUAUUUUAACUACUGGUUUCAAUGAUAUACCACCUCCUGCAAUUCAGAGCACAUUAAGGCAGACAGUGACAGGAUCCAGUGGCUUAAGUGGUAACCUCAGGGCCAGUGACACUGAUUUAGUACACAGUGUCUCACCCCUAAGUCCAAACAUGGAAAGGGAAGAGUCACGAAAUGAAAGAGAUGCUUCUGAUGUUAGGACUCAUUCUGAUUGCAAUUCAAAUCCUAGUUCUGAUUUCCAUUCAAGUUCUCCAUUGAUUUCUAGAUCAGGCUCCAAUUACCUGUCUAGUUCCAAUUCUACUCCUAUUUCCAGUUCCAGCUCCAGUGAUGAAUAUUCAGAAAUUAGCUCAGUAAUGUUUGAAGACAGUAAUGACAUAAGCUUACCACCAGGCUCGUCAUCAGAAACCAGGCGAGAAAAUAGAUCUAUGAGCCCAAUAGUAUUUGAUGACAGUGACUCUUGGACCUCCCUUAAUCUGGACCAUUUUUUCCUCUUAAAUGAAGAUGAUCAUGACCAACAUACAGGACUUACCAAAGCACAGAUUGACAACUUGGCUAUAAGAUCUUUUCGUGAAGGUGGUGUAUUAAAAGCCUGUACCAUCUGCAUCACCGAGUACACAGAAGGCAACAAACUUCGCAUCCUACCUUGCACCCAUGAAUUUCAUGUCCACUGUAUCGAUCGCUGGCUGUCAGAGAACUCCACCUGUCCUAUUUGUCGCAGGGAAGUAGCAGGUUCUGCUGAGAGAGAAAAUUCUAAUUGAGAUCUGAAUUCUCAGCUAUAUAAAGUGUUAUAGUGGUGGUCAAACAGUAGUCACCUGCUUAUGUCCACUUCUGGAGUGAUGCUUAAAUACAGCAAUAUGAAUCUAAUCUAAAAUUUAAUCCAAAUGUAACAAUCAGAACUGAAUUAUAGGUUCUUGAAGGACUGAUUGGACUUUGUCCACUUUUUCUUCCAGAAUAAAAUGAAAUAUUUUUAAAAAACAAACAAUAUUCUCCUAUCCGACAGCAAAAACAAAUUUCACACCAUGGUAGAUCACUUCAUCUUAAAAGAAACUUAACAGGUACACUCAGGUGGAAUGUUCCCAAUUCCAUGAGAGAAAUGUCUUAAUAUGAUAUAAUCAACCCAGAUGGAUCCUAGUAGUCUUAUCUAGUCAUGUAAAUCCCAGACAUCUCAUAGCCCUGUCUCAUCUUAGAUGUGCAUACAAAGAAACAGGAAUGCAACCAAAAUAAUUAAGAAGUUAAGAAUUUAUUAGAAUCACAUAAAAAAUUAAUGUUAUUCAAAGAAUGCUGUAAAAAGCUUUAAAAACUUUGUCUUCUAUCUCUCUUCCUAGCAGUUCAUAUCACUCGCUAAUACUACCUUAAAGUUUCUCCCAUUUUCUACUACCAACGUAUCAGUUAAGGUCCUGGGCAAAAAUUGAUGGCAUACUUGAAAAUGGUGAUGGAAUAGCAUUUAGUGAAGAGACUAUUUACUAAAAGUGUAUAAAGAAUGAAAGGAAACCAAGAGAUGUUGAAGUACCCUAGGCUAGCAACUGUGAGAAGCCAGUAUUAUCACCACUAGGCUUCAAGGGGCAUAGAGAAGUAGUAGUUUCUGCAACCCAGACACAGAGUCCUGUAGUUGAAGAAAAAGGCCAUCCAACAAGAGCUGUGACCUUAGAUGAGCAAAAGGCAGCCAAUGCCAAUCUAAAACUUGGAGUAAAGAGUCAUGGAAAUAAAUACAAAUACCCUUCCCUUUCUUUGCUGAUUUAUAAUAUCCUGUUGGUAGUUUACAUUAGCGAAACCCAACCUGAAGACAACCAUAAGAGAGACUGUUUGAUGAAGCUGAUAAAGGUCAGCCUCCUGGAAUCACAAAACAGGGCAGAGAAGGAUGGCCAGUGGAUCCAAAGAGCAGAUCAGAGACCAUCUACCACAACCAGCAUUCCCAAUUCUCUUCAAACUCUGCAUGCUUUCUUGCCUCUAACUCUUGCCCUCCAUUUUGCUCUUUGACUUCGCUCUUUAACAAUUCUUUUUUAAUUUUCCUUUCAUCUACUCAGAGCUGACACCAUAAAGGAGAGAACAAGUACAUUUUAUCUUUAGAAGUGAUGAGAUGAUGAGAUGACAACCCCAUAGAAAUUAAUUACAUUGCUUUUAAACACAUCACACUUUGGUUUGCUGUGAUUGUAAACUACUAAGCAAAGAAGCCAGUAUAGGUAUUUCUUCAAGUUUUGCUAUAUAAAUAUAUUCAGGUUUCAAUUUCUUUUUAUUUAUAAGUUUAGUUCAUAUAUAUUUUUUAAAAACAUAUUCUUAAUUCUUAUAAAGUAUCUUAUGGUUUAUAUAUCUCAAUGUUUAUGUGAGUGACCCAAAGCAUCCAACUACUGCUUACAGCCUCCCAAGUUGCAGUCUGAAAGGUUUAAGGUAAAAAGGUAAAACCCAAGUUCAAAAACACACCUACUUAAUUCAAUUCUAGUUGUCCCCAUAAAAGUAUCCCAAAACCAUGACACUUUAAAAUCCAAUUUUAGGUCAUGCUUCCUUUCCAAUCCAAACAUAGUGAAGGUUUUUUCUCUUAAUUCAGCCUGGAAACUCUGGAGAUUUUUUUCCGGGGGAGGGGGGGUGGUUGUUCUGUUGUUGUUAUUGUUGUUGUUGUUUUGUAUAUUGGCCAAACCAGCAAAUUUUGCUUAAAAUUUUCAAUCCUGGCUUAGGUGAGAGUACAUCGUAUUAUAACCAAAGCAAUAGUCAUAAAUAUUGCAGAAUGUGCAACCGAUAUAAAUAUGGACAAUGUUAAGUAUAAACUUGUUCUAAAAAUUUAAAGUCGGUAUCAUCACUAAGUUUUAUUUUCUGUGUGAUUUGUUGGCAGCCACAGUAAUUACACAGAAACAUGAAAUAUAAAUGGGGAGUGCUGAUGAUGUCUUUUGAUAUAUCUUUGAGCUAGAAUAUUUUUCACACAGAAGAUAUUUGUGUGGCUAGAAACAAAGUCUUUUUUUUUAAUGUUUUAUUUUUGAGAGGUGGU